GGGCGUCGAGAAGGUGAUUCGAGCAGCUGAGCACGAAAGAGCUGCACUUCCCACUGGUGCAGGAGGCGAUCUUGUUGUAUUUUCUAUCAGCGCCCAAGCCUAACAUGUUCAGCCUCCCCCUGCUCAGUCUUAGCAUAAUUCUUGGAAGCUUCGCUAUUGCUCAGGAGUCUCACAAGAUCACUAUGACGAACAACUGCAUAUUGGGAAACCCGGUGUUUACCUACCAUAAUGAUAAUACUCCUCAGGGUCCUACCGCUAUCAACGCAUCGGUCCUUGACGGUAUCGCCUGGCUUGCCAACUUCACCGUUGGCGAUUGCGAGAGCCUCGGCACCGCUUGCGGCGCCGUAGAGUUCAUCCUGCGGAACGAUGGCAGCACCACCAUGGCCACUAUCGAUGAGACGUCGGACGCAAACCAGUUUGUGGUAGCUAGGUCGUUCAGCUUCGUUGGAGGUGGAGCUUGCGACGGAGUUGGCGCAUGUUGCCCAGCUCCUUCUGCCUGCACUUCCACCGAUGAGGCUUCUGCUCGGUGUAUUGACCGUCCUGGAAUUGUCCAGAUUCACAUAUCGUUCUGCUGA